UCAGAAUUUAGCUGUCGUGUCCGUGGGUUGAAAGGUGACUACGGCUCACAGCAAUGCCCAAAAAGGGUGAAGAUAGUUAAAAUACAAAUAGCUAAAGUGAACGGUUCCACGUCUGUUUUUCAGCUGCUAGCUGCUCUUUCUGGCUGUCUGUGUAGUUACUGUACAGCCCAGAAUGGUGUUAAGAGUAAGUGGCAGGAGGAGCGUUGUGUGGGGCUGGCUACUCCUGGUCUCCUGCUUUCUGCUGUCUGUCUGUUCACAUGAGCAGGCAGCCCAAGAACACCCACCGGAGAUUCACCAUCCAAACAUGCACCUGGACAAGAACAUGGUCCAUGACAGAGAACACAUCAUGGAGCAUCUGGAAGGUGUGAUUGACAAGCCUGAGUCAGAUAUGUUGCCACAGGAGCUGCAGUUGCACUACUUUAAGAUGCAUGACUAUGAUGGCAACAACUUACUGGAUGGGCUGGAGUUGGCCACAGCCAUCACUCAUGUACACAAAGAGGAAAGAGGAGAGGAAAGCCAGCCUAUGAAAGAGGAAGACCUCAUAAGCCUUAUAGAUGACGUUCUAAGGGACGAUGACAAAAACAACGAUGGGUACAUAGACUACGCCGAGUUUGCCAAGUCCCUGGAGUAGAGGAGAGACGCUGCCUAACUGCUGAGACCUCUCUCAGUGCACUGCACAUAACCACGCCACUUUCCAUCUCAAAGCAAAAUCUCUUGUUUAUUUACCUGAGCCAGUGUACAUGUCUCACGCUCUCUGUGGUGCUAAUCACUAUCCUUUAUCCAUCCAGACAGCAUACCAGGGGUGGACAAACUUUUUGGCUCGAGGUCCACAUCGGGAGUUUGAAAUUCAAUGGAGGGCUGCACAGAUUUUUUUGGGGACUGAUUUUCGGGCUAGCAAAAGGGCAGUAAUUUAGAAAUUAUAAUGGCCCUAUAUAUUUUCAUCUCAUUUUAACCCAAAAUACCCCCCCUUGAAAUCACCCCUGAGAUAGAUACAACUGAACUCGGAAGUUUACAUACACCUUAGCCAAAUACAUUUAAACUCAGUUUUUCACAAUUCCUGACAUUUAAUCCUAGUAGAAAUUAUCUGUUUUAGGUCAGUUAUGAUCACCACUUUAUUUUAAGAAUAUGAAAUGUCAGAAUA